GAAUUUGGCGGGGGGAGAGGGGAGCCCUGGGAGGGGUCUGUGGGGAUUAGAGAGGUCCCUGGGGUAGGCGGUCUCUUGGGAGUGGGCCUUUUGGGGAUGAGGGGGACCAGGCAGGAUCUGCUGCUGGAGCUCGGGGAGGUCACUGAGCUGGGGGCAGUGCUGAUGUCUGGGUCCUGGGUCUCCUGCAGGCAGCAGUCAGUGAAGCUGGGGGGGGUUCUCUGGUUUGCAGGGAGCCCGCUGGGCUGCAUGGUUGUGCAGGAGCAGCCUGGGGUGGAAGUGCUGGCAUGAAGCCUGUGGCAGGGGAAUAUUGAGGGGAAGGAAGGGUCCCCUGGCAUAGAGAGCGGGGGCUCCAACACCUCGGUGUAUAUAGGUAGCCUAUAUAAUGAGAGUGGGGUCUCUUCGUCCUCUCUGUGAGGCAGUUCCAGAGAUGCUGGACUCAGGAAAAUGGGGACAUGGCCUGAAGCAGGGAGUUCUGGGGAGAGAAAGGCCACUGGUGAGAGUUGGUAGUACCUCGGUGGCUGGGAAUAAGAGCUAGUGCUUUCUGAGAAGAACAGGGAAUUUGAUGGGGAGAAGAACCAGGUCCAUUUUGUCAGAGGUGGCACAGGUGGCGGGGGAAAGCUGCCAUCCUUCACCAUGCCACUUCAGUGAUAGGAGAGAUACCUGUUGGGGCUUUGAAAAGGGAGACAGCCAUCUUCUGUUUUGCCAUGCCUGCCAACCUAAGCCAUUGCCGUGCUGUUACCUGCACACUUUCAGCAAGAAUGUAAGUAUCUGAGGGGCAGCUGCAGAGCUGUGUUGUGCCAGGGCCAUUUCUCCUGCUGGGAUAUCCCUUACCAAUAUUGCUACAAAGUACAUAGCUGUUCAUUUCUUGCUGCAUGCGAAGGCCUGAAUUGUCUCAUUUAGUUGUUCCACUCGCAUUCUCUUUGCAAUAAAGACAUCAAAUCCAUUUUCUUUUUGCUUCUAGAUGAGGCUCCUGAUUCUUGCGUUUGCCCUAUUCUACAUGGCCCACUGUGAGGAAGGGGCCAGGCUCCUGGCCUCCAAAUCACUAUUGAAUGGAUAUGCUGUGGAAGACUGGACUCUGCAGUACAUCAUCUACACUGCUGACUCCAGUGCUGCCUUAGAUAUGGAGCUGUCGGAUGAUUCUUUCACCCCCCCCCGGCCCGAGGAUUUUGGCACUGUCUUUGUGAUGUUCGAUGUCAAGUGGCUCCAGAUUGCUCAAGUGAGUAAUGUGUCCCACACUGUGGUUCUGCGGCCUCUUGAAGCUGCUUGCUUCACCUCUGCCACCAUCGCAUACCUGGCACAGGAGGGUGGAGAGGUGAUCGUUGGCUUCAUGAGUGCUACUGGGCAGGGAGGAAUCCUGGCUCAGUGUGAGUUUGAUGGGAGGUUCUCGCCUCACUUUCUGGACUGGGCGGCUUUUGGCAUGAUGACCCUACCCUCCAUCGGGAUGGUGCUGCUGUGAUAUUUGAGCAAGACAAAGUAUGACACCCCUGAGACCAAAAGGAAGUGAGCAAAGCCAAAUGCUACCAGCACCCCAGAGCUCAGGAGAGAGCAAACAUUAACCCACCCAGAACUGCAGGUGUGUUUGGAUCAGCAACAGUCUGCAAAAGCACUGCCUGGGCUGUGCUUCAGCCCUGUCACUUCAACGGUAGUGGUGUGUUGCCUUCUCCCUUAGAAAAAACACGGAAAAGCCUGCAACCAAACCCCCUCGUCUGCGUAUUCAGAGCAGAGUCCCCUCACUGUUGCAGAUAAGUGCUGGUGAAGCUCUGACACGAACAUGUUAACACCCAGCAGAGCUUAUUUGUGGGGGUGCAGCUCUGCAGCAUUUCUGGCAUCUGUGCUGCCUCCCAGACUCCGUUCAGCCAAGUGGACCUCUGCCUGCUGCAGUCUUCUCAAACCCUGUAAAUCUUGGGGGGGCCCCCCUACUCCAGGUGCUGCCCAUCUUGCCGAAACACCUGUGGGAAGGAGUUUUACCGAGUGCUGAUAGCUAGACCUCCUUUUGAUAGAGGCUUGUUAGAGCUCUUUGCUAGGUGGGGCAUGGGAAGCCCUGUUGUAUUUCAGUGAGCAGUUCAUUGCUGUGUGUCUGGUUGUUUGGGUUUGGGUUUUUUCUCCCUGGUUGCUCUGUUGAGGCUUUGUAAUAAAACAAACACCACAAAAGAA